AUAAAAUUAAUUAAUAAAUAUCAAUUUUAACAGUUUGUCGUUUAUAACUUAACAACAAGCUUCAAUUCUAUCGUUCUUGAAAAGGAUAGUGUUACUUUAUGCGGUAGUGUCGAUUAACCUGUAUCGUUCAUUUAAUAAUGUUGAUAAAUAUUGAAAUUUGACAUUUCUUACAUGAUAACAGAUAAGUACAAGUUUCCGAAAUCAUGUGGAAAUGUUUUAAUCGUUGACUGCUGCAGCACAAUGCAGUACAAAGCUGCGGUAUCUAUAAUUUAAUUUCGAAAAGUAAUUUAAAGAAAUUUUAAGAAAAUGACAACUGAGCAAAGUAGUCACAAUCAUUCUCUUGCGAUCAGACAAGAAAUACAACGUUUUGAAAGUGUUCAUCCGUCAAUUUAUGCUAUUUACGAUCUGAUAGAUCUUAUAUCAGAUACUCAUAUUGCCAAACAAAUUCGUGAACAUGUUGUUGCAAUUGAAGAUUCUUUUGUUAAUAGUCACGAAUGGACAUUGGCUAGAGAUGUUCCAGAAUUACAUUUAGGAAUUAUCGGUUCAUCGGAUUCAGGAAAAUCGGCUUUAGUACAUAGAUAUUUAACCGGUUCGUUCAUGCAUGAAGAAUCUCCAGAGGGUGGUCGCUUUAAAAAGGAAAUUUUUAUCAAUGAUCAAAGUUAUCUCUUAUUAAUUAGAGACGAGGGUGGAAUACCGGAAUUACAAUUUACUGCUUGGAUAGAUGCUCUGUUACUAGUGUUUAGUUUAGAAAGUGAGGAAAGUUUCUCUGUAGUAUGCAGUUUCUAUAAUAGAAUGUGUUCAUUUCGAAAUAUGUCAGAAGUACCAAAAAUACUUGUAGGAGUUCAAGAUUCAAUUAAUGAUUCCAAUCCUCGAGUUAUAAAAGAUGUUAGACCAAGAAAAUUGGCAUGUGAUCUAAGGUGUCCUUAUUACGAAACUUGUGCUAUUUAUGGUUUGAAUGUCGAAAGAGUAUUUCAAGAUGUGUGUCAAAAAAUUAUACAGCAUAUAUCCGUGAAACAUUAUCGAUGUAAUGGGCAACAAACGAUAGAUAAUGAAACAAAAUAUCCUGUUCCGAUGAUUGCCAAAAAUCUGCAGCAUCUAACCAAAGAAAUGGAAGCAACGAAUUCGUCAAAAUUAAACACACCUGAUAAAGAUGAAGAUUCUCGAUCUCUACACAAUAGUUCGACUCAAAAUGAUUCAGGGACAAUAAGUGAUAAUUUUCAUAAUGCACAGAAUCAGCACGGUGAUUUUAGAUCUUCAAUUUUAACUCCAACCACCAUCAGAAAAUUUCGAAGAAAGUCUAAUAUAUUCACUCCGUCUAAGAAGGAAAAAUACAAUAUGGGUGAAAUGGGUGUUGGCAGAGAAAUACCUGUGAAACAGGGAUAUUUGUUCAAACGCAGUAGUAAAUCUUUGAAAGAAUGGAAAAAGAAAUAUGUUACUCUGCUGGAAGAUGGUCGUUUAACUUAUCAUUCCAGCUUACAUGAUUACAUGAACGAUACUAACGGUAAAGAAAUAUUAUUACAAUAUGUAACUGUAAAAGUGCCUGGCAAAACCCCGAAAGGUUCCAAAUCAUCUAAUGCUCAAGAGGAUAGUUUUGAAUUCUCCAUCAUUUCGUUAGAGAAUAAAACAUGGCAUUUUGAAGCGAAUAAUGCCGAGGAUAGAGAUAGUUGGAUUUCUGCUAUAGAACAACAAAUAUUGUCGAGUUUACAGAAUAGCGAUGGUGAUAAGAAAAAUGAAACUGACGCUUUCAAAAUGCACUGCAUAAGAAAUAAGGUGUCAGGAAAUGAUGCAUGUGUGGACUGUGGAGCACCUAAUCCAGACUGGGCUAGCUUAAAUUUAGGUGUAUUAAUGUGCAUCGAAUGCUCAGGAAUACACAGAAAUUUAGGUUCACACAUAUCAAAAGUUAGAUCACUGGAUUUGGAUGACUGGUCCGCAGGUCAGUUAAGUGUAAUGUUAGCACUUGGUAAUAACAUAGCAAAUAGCGUUUGGGAAUAUUGCUUGAACGGAAAACAAAAGCCGAAUUCAGACUCUUCUAGGGAAGAAAAGGAACAAUGGAUCAGAUGGAAAUACGAAGACAAACUUUUCUUACCGCCGAUUAAUCCAAAUAUUUCAUUGGGAAAAUUGCUUAUCGAUUCAGUUUGCCGGGGCGAUAUGAGGGCAUUUACGCUAUGCUUAGUCAGAUGCAGUUACGAAGACAUUAAUAUGCCUGUUAGUAUGGAAGAUUUAAGAACACCUUUGCAUUUGGCUUGCGCCACAGGAAAUUUAGCUAUGGCUCAACUUUUAAUAUGGCAUAAAGCAAAUCCACAAAAUUUAGACCACGAAGGACGUACAUGCAUGUCGUAUGUUCGAGCACUGGAAAGAACACUCGAUAGUUCGUCGGAUUCUAUGGAAAUGCAGAAACUUCUUGAAGUACUUGAGCAAGCUAGCGUUUCCGGAGUAGAUGACGUAGAAACGUCUCAGUAUUAACAUUGUUUAUAUUAUGUACUUAUUGCAUGCAAUGCCAUAAUUUAAUUGAUGGCUUAGAGUUGAUAUAACUUUUAUCAUUAACUAUGUUGAUACUCAGAAAAACCACCAAAGUAUGUUAAAUGGGUUUUGAAACAAAAACGGUCUAUUUCUAUAAAAUAGCAUUGAACACCGUGUUAAAGAAAGUUUUCUUUGUAUGUAACAAUAUUUACCUUUUUAAUGCCGGCUAUAAAUGUUCAUAAAAUGUUUGACCAUAUAUUUUAACAAUUAUAACAUACUCUGCAUAUAUAUUUGUACAUUGAGAAGUAGUUUGAAUUCAAAAUGUAAUUCACAAGGUUUAGGUCUGUGAAUGUAAUGUUUAAUAGUAAAUUGGAGUGUACAUUAUCAAUGACUGAGAGUACAAACACUCGUAAAUCUAGUUAUAUUUAUAUACCGAAUACAUU